AUGAAGUUCCUCAUCACCAUUCCCUCUUCCAUCACUUUCUUCGUCUCCCUUGUCCCAGGCUUCGCUGGAGAUGCAACCUGGUAUGAUUCAGCAGGAGGAAUUGGAAGCUGUGGUGCUCAGCUCUGGGUAAAUUUAUCCUUCCACCUUUAUAUUUCCCUUCGUACACCACUAACACCAAGAUUUCUUAGCAUGAUUCUGAUAUUGUCGCACUUGGCCUUGCUCAUGCUGGCAACUGUGGACGUCGUAUUUGGGUCUACUACAACAACAAUGGACGCCAAGCUACCAUUAACGCUCAAGUUCAAGACUUUUGCCCAGGUUGUCCUGGUGACAACAGUAUGUGCUUUCUAUAUUCCUUAUGCCAAUGUCGUCCUUGAUCCAGCAGAUAAUUUUCAACACAUCUUCGUUCAGCUCCGUUCAGCUCCGUUCUCUCAUAACUGACUUAUUGAUGCAAUGCUGACUCUAAUAUCUUCAACAGUUGAUCUCUCCCAAUCCAAGUUUCAAGAGAUGGCAGGCGAUUUGGGAAUUGGUAGAACUCCAAUCACAUGUAUGCAAAUACCUACAAAUACUCCACCAGACCCUGGUAUCUUUCUGCUGACCGAUCGAUAG